CACGUUCGGCCUCUUGUGUGUGUGUGUGUGUUUAAGUGUGUGUUUCCGUCUGCAGCACCUGAGGAGAGAGAGGCAAUGCUGGACACACAGGUGCCCCGCAGUCUGUGCUCGGGAGCUGUUGUGCCGUUGCUUGGAUUUGCCAUUUCUCUGUCUGGAGACUCAACUUCAAGGCAAGCAUGAGUUACAAGACUGUGGUGAUGUACAUGGAGAUCGGCUGCUUUGUGCUCUGUGUGUCUGGAUGGAUCCUGGUCUGUUCCACCAUGCCCACAGAGAUCUGGACUUGGUCUGAGGUAGACAGCAUAGUCUUGACCACUUCAAACUACUUCUCCAACCUGUGGAAGGAUUGUGUAUCAGAUUCAACUGGAGUGUCUGACUGCAAGGGAAUCCCAUCACUGUUUGCACUGAACUGGGGCAUUCACAUGUGCCGUGCUCUCAUCAUCAUCGCUAUUAUUCUGGCUUUCUUUGGAUCAAUUCUGGUCUUAGUGGGAAUGAAGUGCACUAAGAUUGGGGGAUCAGAGAUUGCUAAUGCAAGAGUAACUUUUGCUGGGGGGAUGAACUACCUAAUCGGAGGGAUGUGUUCUAUGAUUGCUUUCUCCUAUUACGGAAACAAAAUUAGAGCAGAAUUUCAAGACCCCAACUUCAAAGCUCAGAAGUUUGAAAUAGGCGUUGGUGUCUUUAUCGGCUGGGGAGGCUCCACCUUGCUUGUUGUUGGAGGCCUUAUUUACAGUAUCUUUGCUGGGAGGGAAGCAUGCCACUCAAAGCCAAAAAGAUACCCUGCCUUCCAGUUCCCUGAUGCCUACACAGUUGUUCCAGCGAAAAAGAACAUUGUGUCUUUAGCUCGUACAGAGAUCAGUGAGAGCACAAAAUCAAGAACCAGCAGUGGCAGCAGAGCCAGCAGCAUCUCUGGAAUCACCACCACCACCAAGACAUCAGCUACAAAUGCAUAUGUGUGACCUCUUUUCAAAGGUGGAAAAUAUUGUGUGUUUCUGUCCUACAUGAAAAAUCUGUGUGGCCUUAUUUUUAAGAGUUAUUUAUAUUCUAAAUCCAUACUUGAGCUCCAACAGUAGCUUUUAGAAUAGGCCUUUUCCACAGCAGACAUUUUGACUUGUCAUAGUAGGAAAAGCACAGGUGUUACCAAUAACAUUAACGAUGGCUCUGUUCCAUUCAAGUGUCCCAGUAAGUCGUGACAGUGUGAGAGUGGGCCAGCAUGCACAAUACCAGGACCAUGAAAAUGUAGCAGCUAAAUGGAAUUCAGCCAUCAUUAAUUGUAUUAUUCACACCUGUGAAAUUAAAAGAUAUCAUGGCAUGGGUGAUGACACGAUGAAUGAUACAGUGAAAUCAUGCAAAAGAUCACUUAUAAGGACACAAAACAUGUUUAUUAGUUAUUUAGAUGUUUUGUUGUUGUUGAAGCCAAGAAUAAUGUAUUUAAUGCCACUUUUUUGUCUGAACAUAUUUUGAUAUCUCAUGCUCUCUUGCUCUGGGCAAAAAUGUUUGAACUAUAUAUAUAUAUAUAUAUAUAUAUAUAUAUAUAUAUAUAUAUAUAUAUAAAUGUAGAUAGAACUAUCUAUACAUGGACACAGAACUGAUAAUGCCAGGACUUUAUGCUGACUAUGUGUAAGCUACUCAUCUCUAGAUUAAUAUGCUUAAAGGCUGACUGAAGGUGGCAUGCUUUCAUUUAACAGUCAGAUGUUGUCAGAUGUUUUUUUGAAAUUUGCAAUAAAACAACAUUUUGAUAUUGAGUCAUAACAGAAAGAAUGGAUGAGUCACUGCAAAAAAGAAAAGAUUCUCACACCACGGUUAUGAGAUGAGUGAAUGUAAGGAUGUUCGUGUGUUUCACUGCAACUGUAAUCCUCUUUAAUUGCACCGAGUCUUACAACAGACAUUCAUAGAACCGAUUCGUAUUGGAUGAGGAUAUGUGGUUUCAUUAAAUGGUUUCCAAAUUUCAUAAGCCUCUAACAAAGUCGUAUU